UACUCAUGGGUGUAAUUACAAGGGGGAGGGGUAUACUAAUACUUGAAGUUGACGUAUUGAAUGGUUGCGGAAAGGAACAUUGUUUUGUACAAUUUAUGUUAUUUUUAUAAUAAAGCUACAAAUUUAAGUACACAAAAACGUUUCCUGCCCGUUUCUCCCCAUAAUGUUACAAACUGUGCCGUAUUUUGCCUGUUUUCCUAUCCCAUGUGAAUCCAAAUGUGUGGUUAAGGUGCUCGGCUGUUUCGACAAGUUGCCCUCGCAUACUGUGUAGCCUAAGGUAAUGGUACGUUAUAAUGGAUGAUGUGGAUAGGAACUUAGCCCUAGCAUCAUUGGGCUCAGAAGAAAGGAGAGAAAGAUGUGAAAUUGCUUCUGCAACCUCUACUGCCACUACCUGCACGACCACCACAGAAGGAGGCAUAGAUCGAUCUAUGGUUAUAUAUGUGCAACAGGAGCAACAACAACUUCCUGAUCCAUUACUAACAACUGCAGGAAGUAAUUAUACAGAACAGCAGCUCAUUACGCUAGUGCCACAAAAUUUAACUGAGAGGGUAAACGAAUCUCUCACGAGUUCAGCGCAGCCCCAGACACUUCCUGAAGAAGAUAUGGUAACAAGUUUGCUAGGGUCUGUGAUGACAAACUGUACUGGUGAUGACACAUUACUUUCACAACAGCGGACAGGAGCUUUCCAUACUGCAGAUGGUCAAAUUCUGUAUGUCACAUACACAGUAAAUCCUACGUUAGAUGAAGUCAUUGCAACUCAUCAACCAUUUGCAAGUGAAAUUUCUCAGCGAAUGGUGCUACAUGUAACAGAUUAUGGGAGUACACUUGUGUUACCAGCUGAGAAUGUGGAAGUGGGUGGAUUUGAUGUUGAGAGUGGGCUUGUGCCUCAGUUGACUGGUGUAUACUCGCUUGUAACAAAUGACAGUUUAUCUGAAGACCCAGCAGCUUGUCCUUUAGUCCAAACUUCUGAUAUGAAAAUUACAAAAGAGGAAGAAAAGCUGAAACAACGCCCAUUUGUUGAGAUUAAUAAUCGCAGACGUACUGAACAGGUGAUUGGUAAUGAGCUGCACAUAGAACAGAAGCUGGAGGUGUUGGAUGCAAUGCUAACCCCUGCACCAGAGCGGCCUCGUAAGAGGAAAUCAGACCCCAUCACGGAGGACAGAGAAAGGAUUUAUAUAUGUGACCUCUGUGAGACUGCAUUUUCACGGGCAAACCAAUUCUAUGGCCAUUUGCAUUCUCACAGUGGUGAGAGAAAUUGGGAGUGCGCAAUAUGCCCUGGCAAGGUGGUGUUUCCAAGUCAGUCAUUACUACGUCGUCAUGAGAGGGAAUCUCAUUUGAAUUUACGACCACAUACUUGUGGGGUGUGUGCUGCACGUUUUGAUCGGGUCUCACAGCUUAGUUAUCAUCAGCGCCGCAUUCAUGCUGGAGAGCGUGGCCAUGUGUGUCAGAUCUGCCAUAAGGCUUUCUUCAAGCGAUCUGAUCUAAAGACACACCUGAAUAUUCACUUGGGAAUCAACAAGUGUAUCUGUGAGACUUGUGGAAAGAAAUUUAAUCAUGUGUCUAAUCUGAUUCGACACACAAGGAUGCACUCAGGAAUAAAACCAUAUCCUUGCACAGUAUGUGGGCGACGGUUCAGCCAACUCAAUGCCCUCCAUCAACACAAAACAUCGCAUCAGACGAAUAAGGAUGUUGCUUGCAGCAUCUGUCGCAAGAUGUUCAAAUCUCACAUGGUAAUGCGUAAACAUGUGCGUCAACUGCACAGGGACAAACUGGCUGCAUCAGGCAAGGAUGCCAAUUCUGUUCUGAAGAUAAAAGAUGGUGCUCAGAGUAGAAGGUUCUAUUGCAAAGUGUGUGGGGAGAAUUUUGAGUUUUCUGCACUGCUUAAGCAGCAUGAGAGACAGCAUGAGAAAGAGAACAGUUUUCACUGUAGUUGUUGUGGGCAGGACUAUAACACAGUGGAGUUGCUGAAGAGCCAUUCUUGUCUCACUCCUGAGGAGAGGUUACAAAAAGAAGCAGAGGAUGAAGCAGAGGCAGAGAGAGUUUCCCUUAACACACAGCUGGAGUCACUGCUUCAGGAACACAGUGGAGCUGAAGACAGGAAUAACACAAAUGGAAGCAGUGGGAUUAUGGGUGAAAUUAUAAUUUAUGUAACACAAGAAGGACAGGAUGAACCAACUCAGGUUCACAUCCAGCCCAUGACUGGUCCAAUCUUAGGACACACAGAUCAACAAAAAUCUUUGGUAGUGGUACCUAGCUCAGACAUAUCAGUCCAGAAGGUUGGGGCUGACAGUCAGCAUAAACAAAGCCAUAAAGAUGUUUUACUCCUGGAAGAUUGUGGCAGUACCAGUCAGAUGGUAACAGAUCUUGGUGGAACACUGUCAACACCACUGCAGUUCGAGUUUUGCAAUUCUGGGAUCACUGUUUGCACCAGUGAGGGGAACAACAGGAGUGACAGGACUGACUGUAGCAACCCAUCUCUCUUCCCCCAGCACAUGGUCACGACCCUGGGAAGUGAUAGCAGCAGCGAUAACUUUGUUACAGGUGGUGAUGUUCUGGGAGAACCUAGUCACGACUCAGACUGUGAUAAUGGCAUGCCAAACGCAAUAGGAAUGACAUCUGUGCCAAAGAAAGAAGUAAUAAAGACAGAAGAAUGUGUGGAUAUAUUAGUUCCAGAAAUUGAAUCUACUGGCAUGUCGUCAGAAUCUGUUGCUGUCCACAGUAAAACAAUGCCUGCUACUGGCAAGAAACAAGUGCGAGUGUACCAGUGUCCCGAGUGUCCAAAAACUUUUGUUAAGAACAGCAACUUCAAACAACAUUUAGGUAUUCACUUCAUUGACCAGCAGCGUUACCACUGCUCAGCCUGUGGUCAGUCUUUUGCUUGGAAGUCAACACUGAACAAACAUAUGCUCACUCACAGUAUAGGUCCCCUUCCUCGCUACAGAUGUAACCUCUGCAGCAAAGAAUAUGCUGCUGCUACACAGGUUCAGGAACACAUUAAACGGGACCACUAUAAGCAAAGGCCACAUGCCUGUGUUGUUUGUGGCAAAACUUUCUAUAAGAAAUAUGAUCUCAAAAUACAUGUCAGAACUCAUACAAAAGAGCGACCAUAUAUUUGUGGGACAUGUGGGAAAAGUUUCUAUCAUCUUUCUCACAUAAUACGUCAUGAACGCAUUCAUUCUGGUCAGCGACCAUAUCACUGCCCUGACUGUGGCCGUCAGUUCAAUCAGUCAAGUUCACUCAAGAGUCACAGGCAACGUCACAACCAAUGUGUGAGAAAAUCUGUGCUAACCGGACUUGAGCUGGCACCUGCAGAACUGGUACAACCAGAGUUUCCAGAUAUUGUGCCAGAUCCAGGUCUUUUAUAUGCAGGAACUGAUCUAUAAUAGUACCAAUACUGGUAAAGUUUGUCAAACUGUGAUAUGCAUGCUAUUUCACAUUCAUCCCAACCAGUAUCACAAUUAUGAGGUAGGGCUCUCAUCUGAAACAAAUUGAUUGGGGAUGUAAGAAACACCUGAAAAAUGUGAUGUCAGAACUAAGGAUAAUCAUGCCGAGGAAAACGUAAUUUUUUAGGCAUAUUCACCAGAGUUAGUUUUGGUGAUGAUAAGUUUUAAGUAUGUAUGUGACUCUCUAUUUUGGUAGUCUCCUAAGAAGAAAGUAUUUGUAAAAUAAAAUAAGGGAGAAAUGAAAGAAUAGUUUCUUGGCAAAAUAAGGAUGCACAGUGCAGAACACCAGAUGUUUUUCCUUUUUGGAAGCAAAUGUGUUGAUUAUGGUACUAGUUCAAAUAUUUUAGAGUAGGGGUUUUUAUUCUGAUGUGUUUCUUAUGGAGGACUUGAGACAGCAUUCUUGGAUAAUUCAAUGCAGGCAAGAAGCAAUGAACUUUAAUAGAUGGAUGACAUUACUGCAUAAGUUAACAAUAAAAUAUUUCCAAAUAAAGAGCACUUACAAAUCUAUAAUAUACUUGCAUAGGUGCCCAUUCUUCACGUUUUUUUCUUAAAAUAAACUGUACUGUAAUAAUGAAAUUGUUUUUUUUUAUUAUUAUUAUAACAUUGUAUGACUACAGAAUCUCACUACUCAUUGUUCAGUUAUUUACUGCUGUAGUGUUGCAUAAUGGUAGCUUGAUGUCGGGAAUCAAACUCAACAGCAAAAAAAUUCCAAACUGAGAAAAUAAUGGUAUCUGUUUCAUUAAACAGAAUUUUCUAGGACAGUUCUGUGUCAGACUGGUGAAAGAAUGAAUCAGUCCCACAUAUGUUUACCUUUUGAAGCCUCUGGAAUCAAAGCCUGGCACUUGGAUGGAUGAUAUUAAGACAUAAUCAUGUACCUUAAAUAGAUAUGUGAAGAUAUCAAGUUUUGUACCUCUGGUUAAUAACUAAACUGUUGAUAUUUUGAA